GCCCUCGCGCUCGGGCCGUUACUGUUGUCGUAGCUUCAGUGGAGUUAGCAUGAAAAAGGGGAAACUUUUCUGAGGAGCUGCAAGGAUGUCGGUGGAGGCAGAAGUUUUGCUGCAGGAGGCGAAGGAGAGUAUAGAGGCGGCACAGAAUUACAGGAGUGAACUACAGCAGAGACUACAGGGGCUCAGCCAGGCACGGAAACAGGUUCGGGGCAGCUCCACUCACACCCGCGAGGCGUUACGGAGGCACUUCCAGGAGCUGCAGACGGCGCUGAGUCGCCUGCUGAGUGACCGUCUGAACGCGCUCCUGCAGGAAGUGGACGCCAUCGAGCAGGACAGCGUCAGCCCACUGGACGACUGCCAGAAACUCAUCGAACAUGGGGUCAGCAUGGCAGACGAACUGCUGCGUGAGGGAGAAGCUGCCCUUCGCUGUGGGAUCAGUGAUAAAGAGGAUAAGCUUUGCAGCUUCGCUAAAAAAGCCCUAAACAUCCAGCUGGACAGCCUCCCAGAGGUUCCUGCGUUAGUGGACGUGCCCUGCUUGUCUGCGCAGCUGGACGACUCGUUGCUGCAUGUGAUGCGCGAGCGCGUGGCGCGGCACGGCAGCGUAUCGGCUCAUCCGCCUGUACAGAUCGAGGAGCUGGUGGAGAGACCGGGAAGUGUGCUGGUGCGCUGGUGUAAGGUGGAUGAAGACUUUAACCCUCAGGAUUACCGUCUGCAGUAUCGCCGUAGCAACGCGACUCAGUACGAAGAUGCGUAUAUCGGUAAGGACUGUGAGUUCCUGGUGCUGCAUCUCGACCCCCACACCGAUUACCUGUUCAGAGUCUGCGCUCGCGGAGAGGGACGAACAGAGUGGAGCCCCUGGAGCGUCCCACAGACAGGAUACACCACCCUCACACCACACGAGUGGAGUCCAGGUGUGGACGGUUACAUCCUGAGCAGCAGGAAGAACAUUGCGAUGCGCAGUGACUCUAACCCCGGCGCUGGGGGGGUGCUGUACUCCAGCUCCCCGACUUACUUCUGUGGACAAACACUCACAUUCAAGAUUUCGGCGGCCGGACAGAUGGAUAAAUGUGACAGUGUUGGAGUUUGUGCGGACAACCAGAGCGGAGCGGAGUCUCUACAGAGAGAUCAGGCCGUCUGCAUCUCCACCAACGGUGCCGUGUUUGUUAAUGGGAAAGAAAUGACCAACAAGCUGCCAGCGAUCACUGUGGGGUCUUCGGUCACGUUCGACAUGGAGGUGGUCAGCCUGUUUCCCGUCAGCAACAACAACAACAACCCCAGCGACGGCGGCACCUUCAAGCUGAGGGUUACGAUUGGCUCAGGGAACAGAGAGGUGGUGUUUUACUGGCUGCUGGAUCAGGUGGUGGACUGCCUGUUUUUCGGCUGCUCUUUCACGCACCCCGGCUGGAAGGUGCUGGUGUUCUGAUGUUGGCGAUGCAGCUCCUGCGUUUUAAAGAGGGGGGGGCAGUUCCGGCCUGCUGGACCCACAAACCUGCAGCACAUCAGCUUCACACCCACUCAGAUUUGUUUUUUUCCCGUCUUGAUUAGGUGGAUAUUGUCAGUUCUGUCAGUGCAUGUUUCAUUGAAAAGAGACUGAAAAGAGGCUCAUAAACGACGUAGAUGUUAAGUUUUCACGUUUGAAUCCUCAGAAGGCUGCGAGUCUAAGGCUACAUUCACAUUACAAGCCUCUUUCUUUCUUACUGGAUGGUUCACAUUCCCAAAGAUAAUUUGCUCUCAGCUGUUCAUUAUUAGAGCAAAACAAAGGUGAAAACAGCUCAGAUACACUGGGCUUGAUUCUUGAUUGAGAAAGGUCCUAAGAAAAAGUCUCCGUCAGAUUCAUGUCGUGUUCUUAAAGCACAGAACUGUUCUCACCUUUGUGCUCUUGAGUGUGUGUAGAUUCUGUUCUUACCUAAGAACAAACCCCACAUAGGAGAACACUGGUGAAUGUCUGAGUCUUCGUCAGAACUGCAUAAGUGGGUUUAAGAAGACAUUUUCUUAAGAACGGUUGGUGAAUGAGGCCAUUUGAUUCUGCAGUGUUUACUGGCACUAACUUAACACUGAAUGAUGCCGGAUAUGCAGUUAAAAAGCCCACGUAAGUUCCGAGCUGGCUGUUCUCAUUAACGCCGUAAAUCAGAUUUCCAUGUGAUUCAGGACCACAUAAAGAUGUACAGGUCUGAUUUGAAAAGAUCAGAUUUGCAUGUCCACACAGCUCU